AACAGACAAAAGAAAAAGGGUGAAAAGAGACAGGUUUAGUCUUUUAAGCCAUAGCCAAUAAUACACUUAUUUGCAGAGACAGAGGAAGAGAGAGAGAGAGAGAGAGAGAGAAGAAACAGCCAUGUUUUGAGGAAGGAGACAUGCAUCAUCAUCAUCUCCAGCUUGUUACUUAACUUCUCUUUCUCUCCAUCUUUUUCCAAAUCUAGACACCGAAGGUCUCUCUCUCAUCAUUUCUUUGCCUAUUAAGAAGACAAAUGCAAGUGUUCCAAAACAAAGUUUCAUCUCGGUCUACUUGGGAAAGCUCAAACACUCAAGGAUCUCAAUCUUUCAGCUUGACAAAGAACAUGAUGAUGAUGAAGCAUUCGAGUUUGCAGCUGCAGAAUAAAGAUUCUUCCUCAACACAAUCUACUGGAGAUUCAGGCGGUGGUGAAGCUGCAAGCUUUGGAGAACCUAACCGUUAUGGAUCUAGCAGCAUUGCUGUUAAUACCAUUCUCCCAGGUUAUAAUAAGUCAACAAACACCUCGUCGAUGGUGUCUCAAGAGCCUGUGUUUCCUCCUUCUGCUUGUGGUCUACCAUCUUGGCCUCUUCAAUGUGCUGAAACAUCACAUCUCAAUGGUUUCUUGACUCCUGAAUAUGCUGCAUCCCAACCAACGGCGCUGACGCAUUUAGAUAUGAUGGGUUUGGUUACUUCAAGAGUGCCAUUGCCUCAUAACAUUCAAGAGAAUGAACCAAUAUUCGUCAAUGCCAAACAGUACCAUGCCAUCCUCCGCCGCAGGAAGCAUCGAGCUAAGCUUGAAGCUCAGAACAAACUCAUCAAAAGCCGUAAACCGUACCUUCAUGAGUCUCGUCAUCUUCAUGCUUUGAAGAGAGCUAGAGGCUCUGGUGGACGUUUCCUCAAUACAAAGAAGAAGCUCCAAGAAUCAUCAAACUCACCACUCUGUUUUUCUCAAAUGGCAAAUGGAGAGGGAGAGGGUUUCUCAAAGAGCUCGAUCACACCAAGCUCCAGUUCAGACCGUAACAACAUGUUCCAGAACACACCGUUCAGAUUCUCAGGGUAUCCAUCAACACACCAUGUCUCAGCUCUCAUGUCAGAGACUUGAGCCAUCUUGGGAAGUCAUCCUUGGCUAUAAACUGUUACUGCUUCUUUACAAAGACUUAUCUGUUUUCAUCAUCUGCAAUCUCAACUCUAUAUAUUGAAGUAACUUUCAUAUCAUUUGUCAAACUAUUUUGUUAGUUAUAACAUUUUCGGAUUCUCUUUUAA